CUUAACAUUAUCUUCUACCGUUCCUUCUCUUCAGUAGAGACCCGUAGUCCAUUUUCUCUCUCACUAUCUAUCUAUACCUUCCUUUCUCUUUUGACAAAAAGGGCACUUUACAUAUUAGUUGUUUACAAUAAUGAGGUGCUUUUUGGCUUGUUUUAAUUCUUCUAAGCAUACAAAACAAAGGCAUUUGAUGAAUCCUGCAGCAGGUCCUGCUGAAGAUGACCUCCAUAAAGAUGGAGUUAAUGAAGUUCUACAACUUGAUUUCACCAUUGCAAAGCAACAAGUCAUUGAAGAACCUCUUAUUAUUAUCGACCCCAUUACUAUAGAGCCAAAAGAGAAGCUUGAGGAACAAUUGAGCAAUAAUGAGAAAAAGAAGGUGAGCUUCGACUUGAAUGCAAGGGUGUAUGAGGCUUUAUCUGCAGAGGAAGCUACUAAUACCAUUCUAGUACAAAACAAUGUGAAGAAAGAGAGUGAAAACAAAGAAGAAGAAGAAGAAGCUUCAAAUGAAAGCAAAUCAAUUUCUAAUUUGAUUUCAUCAAAUGGAACAUCUUAUCCUCCAAACCACAGAUAUCAGAAUUAUACUGAAGAAGAGUGUGAAGAUAUAGACUUACAAGAUAGUCAUUUUGAUGGUGGCAGUGAGCAUAUGGGUAGUGAUAGUCAGUUUUUGGUUCAAGAAGAGUCAUCUGAAUCACUGUUUUCAUUGUCAAUUGAUUCAAGAAAACAAGUUUAUGAAGCUGAAGUGGGUGAAAAGGAGGUCACUAGUCCAAUGCCAAAAUGUGGUUCAUCUCGUGAGGAACUUAAGGCAAUUGGGUCUAAUCAGAAUGCUCAAUUUAGGAAUCAGAAUGUUGAUUCUGUGUUGAAUUCAGUAGAAAAUCUGCCUCAACGGAAAGCAAUCAAAGCCAGAGCAAUCUUACUGCCGGACCAUCUAGACAAGGAGAACAUCGAUGUAGAGCAAAAUUUUGGUGCACACAUGAGUCCAGAGCCUAGUUUUAAGGUAUUGACUAACAAUUCAAAAGCAGAUGUUGAUCAGAAGAAGCUAUCGGGUCAAGAAAUUGCAGUGGAUACUAGCCUAUCUAGUUGGUUAGGUGAGUCUGCAACAACACCCUUGUCAAAGGGCAGUGCUAAUUCUAUUGGGAAUUCACCAUCUCAGAGAACAAUUCCUCCAAAAAUUCAUGAAGCUGGGCCUAUUUUAGGAGAAUUGACCGUGAAAGAACUUGAACAAGUUUCUGUAUCUACUUCUCCUAGAAGGGCAAGGAGCAAGACACCUGAAUCACCCGUUAUAGGGACUAUUGGAAGCUACUGGAGUCAUACUGGACAGACCAUAGAUUCAGAUUCGGGCUCCUCUUCUAGCAAAGGAAUGUCGAACACUACAAAAGAAAAUGGAGAGGAUGAGCGAAGGAAGUGGAAUUGUGAGCCGCUUGAGGCAAGGUUGGACAGAAUUGUUGCUCAAGUUUUAACUAGGUCGGAUAGAGUGACUGCAUUAUAGUUGCUUGAUGAUGCUUUGUGCAGUUCUUUGUUGGUCUUUUUGACAUCCACGUCUUAUUAUUCUAUUGUUACUUCGCUUUUCCUCCCCUUCUCAAAGUUGUACUCCCUUGAUAAUCUGAAUCAUUUUCAUGGGCAAGAUUGGCUAAUAAUAAUUACAUAGUAAAUGCUAGAUA